AUGGAUGAAGAGGAUGCAAUGGAGAAAAUCUUUUAUGGCCUUGUUGACGAAUACAAAGAACUAGUCUAUGUCGUUCAAGCACAUGACACGCCAAUUACAUUUGAUGAGCUCCAUGAAAAGCUCUUAAAUUUUAAAGCAUCUUUUCAUAUUAAGCAACCCGCAUUAGAUCACUUCCUUGCCCUUAAAAUUGUAAGAAGUUCGGGCUGCAAAGAAGGCAUCUCGAGAAAAGGGGGAAUAUCCAGCAUUCUGAAGGGGAAGGCCAUGUCAAUGGAAGAGGCUUCGUAUUUUAGGGAAGCGAUGGUGGGGUUGAGGUUAGCGAAGGAGGUUAUUAAGGUUCAGCAAGGGUGGCGAGCCACUGCUGUGGCUCAUUUGAAUCGGUCUGGUGGUUGUUCGAGGUCCUCAGCCAAUUCUGCUACUGAUUGGCCUUGUUUGUUGUUGGAACUAUUAUCACAGGCAGCGAAGAUUGGGUUUUUUCAGCCGAAGCUGAUAAUUAACAAUAUUGAUGUUCUUCGCCAUGCAAUUUUAACGGAUGGUUCAACAGUGUGUGCAUCGAUGUAUCAUGACAGCUUGCUGUGGAGAAUAAUAGCUUUGGGUGUGAAUGAGAGGUGUUUGCCUGUUGUGCUUGUAACUUCAGAUAGCUACUAUUCAUACCAAGCCUAUUUGGAUUUUGGAUUUCCAGACAUAUUCAUCUCUCGUGAGACCUUUGGAUGGACUCCACAAGAAGCUAAACUGCAUAUGGUCACGGAUUAUUUCAGUCAUUCUGAGUUGGCAGUGAUAGCUGAUGUUCUUGGGCCAAACCCUCGGCAUCUAUUUGAGCUUUAUGCACUUAAACAGAGCAAUUAUUAUCAAAAGGUCAUGGAAGACAGCGGUAGUACAUUUGAGGACAUCAUAGAUGCAUAUUUGUCAUAUUUGCAAAUUAGUGUGGUGAAUCCUGCCACAUUGAAACUCCUGGAAAAGUUUGCUGUUGAUGCACGAAGUGGAAGGAUUCCAGAAGAUAGAUUACGUUUUGGUGCUCCUUGGAGACAUCCUCCACGUAUAGACAACCCUACUUUGUGCUCGGAGUGGACGAAGCUUCAAUUAAUUGAUUUUGUUCAAUCUCUAGUAAAUCCGAGUUUGGGGUCAGCAAAUAUGUUCUGAA